AUGGAGAAUGCGGGACUACCUCCUGCUGUGUCAAAUUACAGCCGUGAAAGCUGGAGUAUAAAGCCAACGGGGUACCUUGGCACUCCUUUCAGCGGUCGUCUCUGGCCUCUGCGCAAACUCGCCUCCUCCUGGCUCGAUUACCGUAGGGCCCGGAGGCAAAUACUCGACUUUGUCCGCGGCACUCAAGGACACCUCUUCCAAUGUAUACUUCGUAUACGCUACAUCAUCAAGGAGCGAGUCGUGAUCACUCGCUCGAAUAUCACCAUCUAUGGCCAGACCUCGGACGAGUUAACCUAUUCACAAAAUAAAGUCACGAUUUACAACAACAUACCUGCAUCUACUGCAGGGAGCAAUGAGGCGAGCGCGACCGUGUCGAUACAUGCGUCGGCAAAAGAUGUAAAGAUAUACAAUCUGAACAUUGCAAACACUUACGGCAGAGGCUCACAAGCCAUUGCUCUAGCGAUCAACAACACUCACUUUGGAGGUUAUGGACUUAACCUUACUGGGUAUCAAGACACUCUCCUUACCAACAACGGUCUCCACUUUCUCAGUAAAGGCUAUAUCAAUGGCGCAACUGACUUCAUUUUCGGAAUGAACUCGAGCAUCUGGAUUACACAGAGUACCAUCGAAACCAUCGAUAACGGAUGGAUCACUGCUUCUGGACGACUAUUUGAUGAUCCGUUCUACUAUGUCAUCGACCGAUCCAACAUCGUUGGGAAAGGUACACAGUACCUAGGCCGCCCAUGGCGUAACUAUGCCCGCGUCGUUUUCCAAAACUCCGUUCUUGGCUCGCAAAUUCAACCAGCUGGUUGGUCCGCAUGGGGUACCACUAACCCCAUGACCGACCACGUCUUUUAUGGGGAAUACAAUAACAGUGGCCCUGGAUCAUGGAACUCUAAACGGGCUCCUUUCGCGACAAACAUGACUGAAGCACUUACUCUAGACACAGUAUUUGGGGGAUCCACCAAUUGGGUCGACCCUGCUUAUUUGUAA